AUGCCUGUGCUCGGCUACUCGGACGCAUGUAGGGACACUACCUUUGGUCCUGCGGUGCCGCCAAUUUCAGAGUGCCGCGGCGGCUUCGAUUUUACUGUUACCUUUGAAGAAAGCAUCUUUUCUAUCGGCCCAACAUGUAUCCUUCUUAUUUUGUUCCCCUGGCGAUUUAUUUCCCUGCAAAGGAAAACGCUUAAAACAAAAAACUCGUGGACACACGGUUUGAAGUUGAUCGAAUUCGCCGUUCUCGCGGCUCUCCAAGCAACUCUCAUAGCUCUAUUUUCCAUGCAGCACACUGCUUACAGGCUCUUGGUUGUCGCCUCGACAGUACUUCAAUUGUUUGCCGCCAUCUCCCUGGGUCUUUUAUCGCAUUGGGAGCACCGGAAUACCGUUCGACCAUCUCUGCUGAUCUCGACGUAUCUGUUGUUGUCCUGCGUUCUGGAUGCAGCCAGAGCUAGAACUCAGGCACUUAUACCUGGACAAACAACAGUGUCAAGUGUCCUCAUAGGAACGAUUGCAGUCAAGGGACUCGCACUGAUAACUGAAGCUAGAGACAAGACCGACAUCCUGUUAGCCGACUGCUCCAGUUCUUCAUCAGAGCUGCGUAGUAACAUUUUUUCUCGGGCAUUGUUCCUCUGGCUUAAUCCGCUGCUCUUGAUGGGAUUCCGCGAUGUUAUUUCUUCACAGGACCUCCCUGCCAUCCACGAAAAGCUCUCGUCGGAGAAGCUAGUUGCUCGAGUUCAAUCCAAUUGGAAAAAAUGUAACCAGAACAAAAGGCAUGCUCUAAUGAUCCAGCUGCUUUCUAGCUUCCCCAGCGAACUCUUUUUUAUUUUCAUGUCCAGGACGAUGGAAGUCGGCCUUAAUAUUGUUUAUCCAUUCCUGGUCCAGAAAGCAGUCACGUUCCUGGACACUCCGACAACCACAAUCAAUGAUGGGUACGGUCUCCUCGGAGGAUUCUUUUGUGUUUCCGUCGGGAUUGCAUUGGUCUCCCCAUGGUCUUAUCAUAUGACAUUUCGCUUAAUGAUAAUGACCCGCGGCGCCCUGAUCCCAAUGAUUUAUUCGAAGCUGCUGCAGACCAAAGUCAAACCCGCCGAUCAAUCGGCCGCCCUUACUUUAAUGACGACAGAUGUCGAGAAGAUUGUAGAAACCUUUUGGAGGCUAAUUCUAGACCCGUGGUCCUGCAUACUGCAGCUAGGCAUCUUAGCGAGUCGCAGAGUCCCCGAAUAUCAAAACACAUGGUUCAAAGCGGUCGAAUCACGGGUGAACCUAACCUCCCACACCAUCAGCUCAAUGCAGUCGGUCAAGCUGCUGGGCAUUUCGCGGAUCAUGGAAACAACCAUUCAAAAGAAGCGAAAGCAAGAAAUCCAAGUGUCACAGGAUUUUCGGUUCAAUAACUGUCUCGCACUUACAGCCUCUCAAUCCCCCGCGGUCUUGUCGCCCUUGCUCACCUUUGCCACGUAUGCGAUAGUAAAACUACUCUCGCACCAAGGCCAAUUUGAUGUGUCAAAAGCAGUCACCUCCCUCUCCAUCCUUAGUCUUAUGAACACCCCGGCAAGAAGACUCCUGUUUGCUAUUCCAUUCGGCCUGCAAGCAGUUGGAAGCUUUGACAGGAUACAAAACUUUCUCCAAGAUGAACAGAACUCUCCAUUCCAAAGUAGGUCCAAUGGCCAGGGAGAUAUCCGGUUCCAGGAGAAAAAGUCAGAAGAAAAUUCGAAAUCAAAUCUCAAUGCGGCGGCGAAUCAAUAUCAAUAUACACCUCCGAUAUUUUCCCUCCAGGAUAUUCGCCUUCCAAGAGGCUCCUUUACCGUAAUCACUGGACCUAUUGGCUGCGGCAAGUCAACGUUUCUUAAAUGUCUCUUAUCAGAGACAGCCUUUGUACAAGGUACUGCUCCAACCUCUCCAGAGAACAUAGCAUACUGCAAUCAAACUCCGUGGAUCCACGACGGCACUAUUCGUGACAAUAUCGUGGGAGAGUCUAAAUUCGACCUUUCCUGGUAUAAACAUGUGAUUCGUAGCUGUGAGCUUGAACUGGAUCUAGGCCGCAUAACUGGCGGCGAUUCCUCGAUGGUGGGAAGUAGGGGACUGAGACUCAGCGGUGGACAGAGACAGCGGAUCUCGAUUGCUCGAGCCUUGUACGCCAAAAAGGAUAUUGCAAUUUUUGACGACGUCACCAGCGCCCUGGACGCUCGCACCUUGCGUGCCGUGUCGAAUAGAGUAUUUGGUAAAGAUGGAGUACUUCGGUCGAAAGGGACGACGGUUGUUCUAGCCACACACGCAGUACAGCUUCUCCAGUCUGCCGACCAGGUCAUGUUGAUGAACAAAAUAGGCGAAAUAAUCGACUGCGGGCCAUAUGAAAUACUUUCCCAGCGGCAGCUACUCGGCGAGCGUCAAGAGUCUGUCUUGGAAUCCGACGAACUCAUGCGUCCGAUGGAAGAGGUCAACCUAGGAGAGUAUCAAACCCAACUGGACACACGCAUUAGUGAUAUGCGACGACAAAGGGGUGAUUGGAGAUCCUAUAUCUUUUAUAUAGGCUCGAUGGGAUCAUUCAAUUUUGCUCUUUUUCUCCUUGGAGCGAUUAUAUACGUGGUAUUUUACGCUUUCUUUCAGAUUUGGAUUACCUGGUGGGCAGAAGAUACCGCGGGCCGGCAUACCCUUGGAUAUUGGCUAGGAUUAUAUGCUACUUGGGGUGUUCUGAUUACGCUGGCUCUUUUGUUUACACCCUUGUUCUUUUUCUACUAUAUGGUUCCGAAGUCAUCGGAGAAGCUACAUUCCGAGUUACUAGCAGCAGCAUUAAGAGCCCCGAUGUUAUUCAUAUCGAAGUUAGACACUGGAUCUUUAGUAAAUAGGUUUAGUCAAGACAUUCGAUUGAGUGACUGGCAACUACCCGUCACUAUAGUUUUAACGCUUUUUGAGUUCCUAGGAUGUAUCGCAAGUGUUGGUAUCGCCGUGUCUUCAGUAAAAUACGUGGCUAUUGGUAUACCGCUACUUGGAUCUGUUCUCUAUUUCCUCCAGCGCUUUUACCUGCGCACUUCCAGGCAGUUGCGACUCCUCGAAAUUGAAAGCAAGGCACCCUUGGUAUCAUUAUUCAUUGAUACCAUCCAGGGACUUGCCACGAUUCGCGCGUUUGGGUGGAGCCAAGCGUUUGUCCAAAAGAGUCUUUCUCUUCUAGACGUGUCGCAGAAACCUUUCUAUCUCCUCUUCUCUGUCCAGCGCUGGCUUCUUCUCGUUCUCUCCCUCGUAGUUGCGGCCCUGGAGGUGCUUGUCAUGGGGAUAGCUAUUCCGUUACGUACUAGUGUCAAUGCUGGUUUAGUCGGGUUGGCUAUCGUGCAAGUUAUGACCUUGUCCGAACUGAUGAACGAUCUCAUCGCGCAGUGGACCGAAAUGGAGGCGUGUCUGGGGGCCGUUACAAGAAUCUCGAGGUUCAUAAAGGAGACACCUCGAGAGGGACGCACAGAUGAAACGUCUUCGUUGUUUGACGAGUGGCCUUCCAGCGGUGCGGUCACUUUGGUGAACGUCAGCGCCAGCUAUGAACCGCAAGGUAAUCAAGCGUUAAGCGACAUCUCCCUUUCUAUCAAACCUGGUGAACACGUCGGAAUUUGCGGGAGAACUGGCAGUGGCAAAAGUAGCCUUGUAUCAACAUUAUUACGUUUACUGGAAUGUAGCCAAGGCCAUAUAUUGAUUGAUGGAGUCGACAUAUCCACUUUGGACCCGAACCUUGUGCGGUCCCGACUCAACCUCAUCACUCAAGAACCGUUUCUGUAUGAGGGUUCUGUCCGGGAGAAUGCGACCCCUUGGCAACAUGAUACCGUAUCUGAUGAAUCAAUAAUCGACGUUUUGACACGCGUGGACUUGUGGGAUAAAAUAAAAUCUCUCGGCGGUCUUGACGCGCCUUUCAAAGAGAACUUGAUUUCACAUGGCCAGCAGCAGCUUUUUUGCCUCGCGAGGGCGCUCUUGCGAGAAAGUAAUAUAUUGAUUUUGGACGAACCAACAAGCCAUAUUGAUCCCGCCACGGAUGCCACGAUUCAACGCAUCAUCAGGGAAGAUUUUCAGAAUCGGACAGUUAUUAUGAUUGCUCAUCGUCUGCAAAGCCUCGUCGAUUUCGAUAGGGUGUUUGUGCUUGACUCGGGCCAUCUGGUUGAAGAUGGGCCACCAAUGACGCUCUUGAAGGAUGAGAGUUCGGCUUUCGCAGCUCUUUAUUGUGCGAGCGGAGGUCAAUAUCACAACCCGAAGUCGGAUUUGGGCUAG